GGCAUUGUCUCUCCUCUCCAGAACCUUCCGAGGGCAGAGUGCUCGCCGCGUGGUCUAGAACCUUCCACAACCCUCGCGACGUGUCUCGACGCGCCCCGUACGGCGGGGGUAUUUAGGGGUCCGGCCACCGCCCUCCGGCCGACCUUCUCCCGAUUUCACCGGCCAUUUUCCCCAUUUCACAGCGGCGAAUAUCUCCCGUCUCCUCCCCUUUCCACCUCGCUUCUUCGCUGCAGCAUCACCUCCCGCCCACCCCGAGAAGAAAUAUCCUAGAGCGCCGACCCGAACACCGGAUUCGCUCCUCGUCCGGCCGAUUCGUGCUCCUCUAAUCGCUCGAAUCGAGUUCUUGCUCCGGGUUGCGUGCCGCAAUCGGGGCGCUUGGCUCCCGCGAGCCGGGUUCUUGAGCCUGGGCUGGGCGGCGGCCAUGGACCCUUCGGUGGCGCCGGGCAUUGUCAAGGAGGAGCUCCUGGAGCAGCAGCAGCCGCUGCAGGACGGUGUGGGUGACGGCGGGGGUGCGCCGCGCCCGAUGGAGGGGCUGCACGAGGUGGGUCCCCCGCCGUUCCUCACCAAGACGUUCGACCUGGUGGAGGACCCGGCCACCGACGCCGUCGUCUCCUGGAGCCGUGCCGGCAACAGCUUCGUCGUCUGGGACCCGCACGUCUUCGCCGACACGAUGCUCCCACGCCUCUUCAAGCACAGCAACUUCUCCAGCUUCGUGCGCCAGCUCAACACCUAUGGCUUCAGAAAGGUUGAUCCUGACAGGUGGGAGUUUGCAAAUGAAGGUUUUCUCAGGGGUCAAAGGCACCUGCUUAAGAUGAUAAAGAGAAGGAAGCCACCAUCAGCUGUGCCACCAUUGCGACAGCAGCAGGCCCCUGCUUCUUGCCUGGAGGUUGGUGAGUUUGGAUUUGAGGAAGAGAUUGAUAGGCUGAAGCGUGACAAGAACAUUUUGAUCACAGAAGUAGUAAAGCUAAGGCAGGAGCAGCAAACUACUAAAGAUCAUGUGAGGGCCAUGGAGGAAAGGCUACGAGUGGCUGAACAGAAGCAGGUUCAGAUGAUGGGGUUCUUGGCAAGAGCAAUGCGGAAUCCAGAGUUUUUCCAGCAGUUGGUCCAGCAGCAAGACAAGAGAAAGGAGCUCGAGGAUGCUAUUUCAAAGAAAAGAAGGCGGCCCAUUGACAACACUCCGUUCUACAGUACUGGGGAAACAAGUCAGGGCGAGCAGCUUGAUUCACAGUUUAUGUUCGAGUCAGAUGUGCUCAAUGGGCUCAGUGAACCUGGAAUGCCUGAGCUGGAGAAUUUAGCAGUGAACAUUCAGGAGCUUGGGAAGGGAAGCAUAGAUGGCGAGAAGGUGGCUCAAGCUAGUGACCAGUCAGAGCUGAAUGAUGACUUCUGGGCAGAGCUGUUGGUCGAAGAUUUCGGAGACAAGGCAGGACAGUCAGAGUUGGAGGGAAGAACUGAAGACGUGGAUGACCUUGCUCAACAACUGGGGUAUCUGAGUAAUUCUAGCCCAAAGUAGAGUCAGUUCCUAAUGGUUGCCCCCACAAUCACUGGUGCUUUCCCCACUACUGCAGACCAUCCUGAACAAACUGUUAACUGGUGGAGGUGUCCAUAAUGAAGGCGUAUUGUGGAGGUCACUGCCUUUGACGUUGAAGGCUUAGUGCUGUACUGCUGUGGGAGAUACGUGGGGUGUUGGGCUGUUGGCUAAUGUCUCCGACGUCGACUGGCAAGUGGCAAAGUGAUCUUAAGGUCGACGGUGACUGGCAAAUAUGUCUAUAGGCCAACGUAUGCAUACAGCUGUUAUCAGCUCUUAUUCGUUAGCUCUUACUAUAGGAAAAAAGUAGCUGUGUCGUCAGUCAUUGGCUCAUUGAACGAUGUGGACGUUGCUAUGCCUUGGUCAGGCUUCUGGGGUUGGGUUGUAGGUUUGAUUGGUUGAGUACGAGUCAAUCUCCACCUGUGAUUGGUGUAACCUGAAAACAUCCUCAGCUUGCAGUUGAACUGAUAAGCAUCUUGUUAAUAUUACUCCAGUUUCAUGAUCCUUGUACAUCAAGUUGCAGAAUAUGAGAAAUUUUGAACAAUUUGACA